GACUGAUGAUGUCACCAACCCGGAAGGAAGUUUGCAGCAGUGUUGUCGCAGCAGAUUUGCGAAAGCCACAGAGAAUCCCCCAAAACAGACCGUAACAGACCUUCCACAGUUGCUGUUGUUUUGUCGUUGUUUUUGUUUCCUGUCCGCGUCGCCAUCAUGAACGUGACGCUCGCAGUGAAGCAGUACAUCUCGAAGAUGAUCGAGAACAGCGGGCCCGGCAUGAAGGUGCUGCUCAUGGACCGAGAGACGACCAGUAUAGUCAGUGUGGUGUACACUCAGUCAGAGAUCCUGCAGAAGGAGGUUUACCUGUUUGAGCGGAUCGAUUCUCAGAACAGAGACAACAUGAAACACCUGAAGGCCAUCUGCUUCCUCAGACCCACCAAGGAGAACGUGGAACAUCUGAUCCAGGAGCUUAGGAGACCAAAGUACAGCAUCUACUUCAUCUACUUCAGCAAUGUGAUCAGCAAGAGUGAGAUCAAAGCUCUGGCUGAGGCUGAUGAGCAGGAAGUGGUGGCUGAAGUCCAGGAGUUUUAUGGAGACUUCAUCGCUGUGAAUCCUCACCUGUUCUCCCUCAACCUGCAGGGGGUGUCCAGAGGUCGUAGCUGGGAGUCCUCCAUGUUGUCUCGGUGUACUCAGGGUCUGACCUCCGUCCUGCUCGCUCUGAAGAAAUGUCCAAUGAUCCGCUACCAGCUGUCCUCUGACAUGUCCAAACGCCUCGCUGAGAGCGUCAAGCAAAUCAUCACCAAGGAGUACGAGCUGUUCGACUUUAGGAAGACUGAAGUUCCUCCUCUGCUGCUGAUCCUUGACCGCAGCGAUGACGCCAUCACACCUCUGCUCAACCAGUGGACAUACCAGGCAAUGGUCCAUGAGCUGCUGGGUCUCAACAACAACAGGAUCGACCUGUCCAGGGUGCCAGGUAUCAGCAAAGACCUGAGGGAGGUGGUCCUGUCUGCAGAGAACGACGAGUUCUACGCCAACAACUUGUACCUGAACUUCGGGGAAAUUGGCACCAACAUUAAAAACUUGAUGGAAGAUUUCCAGAAGAAAAGACCGAAAGGACAACAGAAGCUGGAGUCCAUCUCUGAUAUGAAGGCGUUUGUUGAUAACUACCCUCAGUUUAAGAAGAUGUCGGGCACCGUGUCCAAACAUGUGACGGUGGUUGGCGAGUUGUCUCGUUUGGUGUCGGAGCGUCAGCUGAUGGAGGUGUCAGAGGUGGAGCAGGAGCUUGCCUGUCAGAACGACCACUCCAGUGCUCAGCAGAACGUUCGCCGGCUGCUCCAGAAUCCUCGUGUGACCGAGCUGGACGCCGUCCGUCUCGUCAUGCUGUAUGCUUUGAGAUACGAGCGCCACAGCAGCAGCAUCCUUCCCGCCCUGAUGGACGAGCUGAGCAGGAGAGGAGUGUCUGAGCGACACCGCAGGAUGGUGAAGGCAGUGGUGGAUUACGGAGGGAAGAGAGUCAGAGGAAGUGACCUCAUCACACCGACAGAUGCUGUCGCCAUCACCAAACAGUUCUUCAAAGGCCUCUCGGGCGUGGAGAAUGUGUACACUCAGCAUCAGCCUCUCCUUCAUGACACUCUGGAUCAGCUGAUUAAAGGUCGACUGAAGGACAGUCAGUUUCCUUACCUGGGAGCCAGCAGUCUCAGAGACAGGCCUCAGGACAUCAUCGUGUUUCUGAUUGGUGGAGCCACAUACGAAGAAGCUCUGACUGUUUACAACCUGAACCGCAGCACACCUGGAGUCCGUAUCGUCCUGGGAGGAAGCAGCAUCCACAACACUAAGAGUUUCUUGGAGGAAGUGAUGUCAGCAACAGGUCACAGCAGCGACAGAGCGCAGGGAAGUGGUCACCAUGGCAACAGACGCUAAACAUCUAGUCAGACGACACCAACAUUCCCUCAGUGAUGUCCUGUACAUGUCUGCUCUUCUGUUUCUGUGUGUUUCAUGUUGUGGCUUCAGUUUUCAUGUUGAAUAAAGUGAUCGUGUUGUGAUGGAACUUUAA